CAAUGCCAAUAAUUUUGAGCUCAAGCCGGCCCUCAUCAACAUGGUGCAACAAAAUCAAUUCGCCGGUCUUUCUCAAGAUGACCCGAAUGGACAUCUCGGCAAUUUCUUGGAGAUAUGCGAUACUAUCAAGAUAAAUGGAGUUCCGGAGGAUGCCAUUCGACUCCGACUCUUUCCCUUCUCACUAAGGGGCAUGGCCAAGACAUGGUAUCAAUCUUUAGAGAUUGGUUCCAUCACUACAUGGGAGAAAAUGGCUCAAAGGUUCCUUAUCAAGUUCUUCCCUCCAAGUAAGACAAUGAAGAUGAAGAAGGACAUUGUCCAAUUUCAUCAAUUCGAUGGAGAGACCUUCUAUGAAGCUUGGGAGAGAUUCAAAGAGAUGAUAAGGAAGUGUCCCAACCAUGGUUUGGAUCAAAACACCAUUAUUUGCUCAUUCUAUACCGGGUGUAGUGGUGAGAUGCAAAGAGACAUGAAUGCAUCGGCCAAUGGAGCAUUGUUGGAGAAGAGCCACGAGGAGGCCACCCACAUCAUAGAGAACUUGGCCGCCAAUAGCUACCAAUUUCCGGGGGAGAGGACUAUUUUGAAGAAGGUGGCGGCUACAACAAGCUCGGAUCCGAUAGCUCUUUUGACAGCUCAAUUGACCGCCAUGAAUAACAAGAUUGAUGCUAUGUCAAUAUCAAGGGUAGAGCCCGUGGUUGAAGAACAAACUAGCUUCGAGGAUGUGAACUACAUCAACAACAACAACAACCGAGGCCAAGGGAAUUUCCGGCCUUCACAUCAAGGUGGUUAUCAAGGCCAAGGGCAAGGGCAAUACAAUCAAGGAUUUCAAACAAAUCGCCACCCAAAUCUUGCCUAUGGUAAUCCCAAUAACUUCUUGCAACCACCGCCCGGAUUUGCGGUGAGUGAUGGCAUGAUCAAGGAAGAGAAGAAGCUCAACCUUGAAGAGAUCUUAAUGAAAUUCAUGACGGCCACUCAAGCCCACAUGACAAGAACCGACGAAAGGUUAGAGGCUCAAGCAACCCAAUUGAAAAUGCUUGAGAUGAAAGUGGGACAAAUUGCUGAAUCCUUAAGCAACCAACAUCAAAAGGGGCAAUUUCCGAGUAACACCGUUGUGAAUCCAAAAGAACAUUGCAAGGCUAUCACUAUAAGAAGUGGGAAGAUACUUGAAGAGUCCAAGAUACCUCCGGAAGUCAAGAACAAUGAUGAGAACAUUUCCUCAAAAAUGCAAGGCGAUAAGGAGAAGGAGAAAGAUGUGUACAAGGCACCACCACCUUAUUGCCCACCAAUUCCAUUCCCUCAAAGACUUCAAAAGAAAAAUGUGGAGAGUGAGUUCUCUAAAUUCCUUGAGAUCUUUCGGAAGGUACACAUCAACAUCCCCCUUGUUGAAGCUUUGCAACAAAUGCCCAAGUAUGCAAAAUUUCUCAAGGAAGUUCUAUCCAAGAAGAAGAAAUUAGAAGAAUUUGAGACGGUCAACCUCACCGAAGAAUGUUGUGCCAUUCUUCAAAAGAAGCUACCCAUCAAGAUCAAGGAUCCCGGGAGCUUUACUAUCCCAUGUGAUGUUGGAAAUGGUCGUUUUGGAAAGGCCUUGUGUGAUUUGGGAGCAAGCAUAAAUUUGAUGCCUCUCUCCAUCUUCAACAAGCUUGAAAUAGGAACCAUUAAGCCAACCACGAUUGCUUUGCAAAUGGCGGACCGUUCCGUUUCAUAUCCAAAAGGGAUAGUGGAGGAUGUCUUGGUGAAGGUUGACAAAUUCAUUUUUCCGGUGGAUUUUGUGGUGUUGGAUAUGGUUGAGGACAAGGAUGUACCUUUCAUCCUUGGACGUCCAUUCUUGGCGACGGGGAGGGCCCUAAUUGAUGUUGCAAAGGGCAAGCUCACAUUGAGAGUGAAUGAUGAGAGUGUUACCUUCUCAAUCCACAAAGCUCCCAAGCACAAAGAUGGGGAAGAAAGAAUGAGAGUGGAGGAAUGCAAAUUGAUGCAAGUGAUUGAACCUUGCAUCAACAUGAAAGAAAAAUUGAAGGGAGAAAGGAAAGAGGAGGAAGCCCAAGGCUUGGAGUUGAAGCUUCUCCCCACACACUUGAAGUAUGCAUUCUUUGGUGAGAAUGAGAUACAUCCAAUGGGGCAAGACCGUGUACUCCAACUCAAAGAGUUAGAUGAGUAUCACGCAUUUGAGAAGUCAAGCCUCUACAAGGAGAGGAUAACAAGUGCUAAUGACGAGAUGAUGCAAAAACGGGAGUUUGCACCCGAUGAUGAAGUCCUUCUCCUCACCUUUCGUCAAUCACUACCUCCGGAAAAGCCAAGAUCAAAAUGGACGGGUCCUUUCAAAAUCAACAAGGUUUUCAACAAUGGAGCAAUUGAAUUGAGAAAGAAGGAUGAAAGAACCUUUGUGGUUGAGAAGGAAAGAAUCAAGGCAUUUUUGCCUUUGAAACCAAAAGUUGAAGUGUUCGUUGGAACCACCCCCGAGCCAUAACACCAUCAUGGAGACGUCUAGCUCAUGACGUUAAACUAAGCGCUAGUUGGGAGGCACCCCAACAAGGUACCCUUUAAUUUUUGUAUGGUUUAUUUAUUUUUAUUUUUUUUUUUAUGUUAGUUUUUUUUGUGAGUCCGAGACAACUUCUCCUUCUCUUUUCUUCCAAACUCAUUUUCACUUUGUGUGAAAUAAGUUUGGGGGGAGGGGAGAGAUGGAUUAGUUGUCUCAUCUAUCUUAAGCUUUACUUGUUUUUGUUUGUUUUAGUAUUGUUGUCUUGUUUUUGUUAUUGUUGAAUAAAUGAAAGCUUGAGAGUUAGUUGGGUUGAUAUUUUUGUUUUUGUUUUGCUUGGGAUAAUUGUAUCAAACUUUGUGAUGUUGAUUGAAUGUCAUUGGGCUUAUGAUAUGAAUCGUUUCUUGGAAAAAAUUGUGUGUAUCACUUGUGGAUUAUGCAUGAAAAGUUUGAACUUGUGACAAGUGAGUUAAAUGUUUUGCCUCCAAGAACUUGAAAAUGAGCUUGUAAGAAUUGAGCCUUUGAUUGUCAUACAUUUACAAUCUCAUUUUGUUCUUGAGUGUAAAUCAUUUGAGCAUGUGUGUUGAUCUCUAGAACUUGCCAUGAGUCCUUUCUUGAAAAUAAAAGUAGAUGUGUUGUUAAUAUUGAAGUGAUUUAAGGCCAUCUUUGUUAGCCACUUAACUCAAAUUGUGUCCAAAUUCUCAUUUGAUCCUAGUUUACCCCUUUCGUGCCUUGUAGCCUUUCUUUUAAUGAACCAAUGAUAAAGGGGUAGAACUUAGAGUGUUAGUGGUUGCUUUGAUGAAAAUGGUUGGAAAAUGAUUGAAAUUGCUUGUCAAACUUCGAUUGAGUGAAAAUCACUAGUCUCCUAUAAGCUCAAAAAGAAAAAGAAAGAAAAAUGAAGAGACAUGUGAAUAAAAUAGUACAAAGGGGAGUGAUUUGCCUUUUGAAUCAUGGUCUUGAUAAGUAUUCAUAGGGUGAAAAGGAAGAAAAGUGGGGAUAUUGGUUGAUUGAUUAGAAAAGAACAAUGGUGAAUAUGACAUAUUCAAUUUGGGAAUUGUAUGGGAUAUGAGUCACUUUGCCUAUAAACACCUCACCUCACCAAAGA